CAAUUUUUUCAGUGUUCAUCAUUUUCAAUCAUUCAAUGUACUUUCAUUUACCAUUCUGAAUUCCAUGAUAAUUUAUAAAUUAGAACGAAGAAAGAGUGAUCACACACACACACAAAAAAAAAAAAAAAGAAGAGUCAGCCUAUGAUCCGAUCGGACAUCAUUUGAAAAAUGUGGGACAACCAAUUUACAAUUUUCAAAAAAGAGAAAGCGUGAAAUUUGAUUUCAUAUCAUCGUCCGAAAAUAGUUCAAUUUAGAUAUCCGUCUGAUGAUCAUCAUUAGAAAUUACCUGUCAUCAUUAUCGAAAUUAUAUCACAUGCUUUGUAGGGCUUUCGUUUGUUGGUGUUCGUGUUUUUUUCCGACGAAAAUUUUCCCUUGGUCAUGACAUCGUAGUUGGCCUAAAAUAAUAUAUGUCAAAAGUUGUGUGAAUAUAAUUCCAGGAAUGAAUUGAUCAUCAUCAGAAAACGAUGACUGAUCAUCCAUGUCAUAGCAACAAUUUGACAUCAUCUUCAACAACAUCUUUGACAACAACAAAUCAAUGUGAAAAUAAUGAAACGAAUGGCCAACAACGUUGUUGCCAAUCAAAAAAUAAUAAUUGUAACGAUAAUGAAUUGACCAUUAUUGAAAUCAAUUCAAAACAGCAAACUACAAAAAUGUCUUGCUCACAGAAAAAUAGUGAAAAUAGUGAUGAUCAAAGUGAUCAUUCGGUUACGACGACGACAUCAUCAUCAACGAGCUCAUCUACCAAAAAUACAACAUUAUCAACUUCGGGUAUCGAUGUCAAAAGUGAUUUAAGUGAUGGUAAAAGAUCACUCAAAUCACUUCUAAAAAAGAAAAUUGAUCCAACACAAGAUUUUAUCAAAUCACAUAAUAAACGAGUGAAAUUUAGCGAAACGAUGCAGGUGUUUUGCUAUGAAAUGCCAGAUAAUCAAAUGCCACAGAUUAUAGCACUAAAACCAGAUGUGAAUUUAAUGGAAUUUCAAUCGUUUAUGUAUGAUCCUCCAGCUGAAUAUCAAGAUUUGCUAACAUUCGAACCACCGCCCGAUUAUAGGGAUUUCAUUGCCAAUUCAUUAAACGUAUUUCGUAAUGAAGUCACUUUUGAUUUUAUUGACGACGAUGAUGAUAGUGAAAAUGAUUCCAAAGACAGCAUUAGAAAUUCGGAAAUUUAUUCUGGGAAUAAAUUGAAUAAUCAUGCAUUUGAUCAGAAUCAAAAUUCUAAAUGGCAAUCGAUGAUAUUGAAUAAUAAUCUUGAUAGUUUAGAAGAAGAACAAAUUAUUGGUGUACUAAAAGAGGAUGAUAUUCUUCAAGCUAUCGGCAGUCAAGUAACAUUACCCGAAUCUCAAUCUAAUAAUGGUUCGCGGCCAACAAAUGGCAAUGAUGAAGAAAAUGAAUUCGAUACAGUCAAUAAUUAUGAAGAAAAUCUCAGUUCGGCAGAUUUUCCUGUUCAUCAUCUCAAUUCAUAUUUUCUUGAUUCAGCAGGCAAUAUUAAUGAAGAUGAUGAUGAAGUUUGUUGCGUUGAUUCUAGUCCCAAUGGAUCUCUACAGGAUCUUGCCAGUGAUUCGAGUAUUACCUCACAAGAUACUAUAAUUUUGAUUAAUCAAAACAAAACUUUUCAUCUUGAAUCAGUCAAACAAACACCACCGAACGAUAACUCCAUUACAAAUAAUGAAAACAUUUAUGAAAAUUUACAGCCUUGUCACAGAGAGAUCAGCGUAAUCACCCAGAUGGUCAACUGUGUUGCCAAUUCUGUUACAGUAAACAUGCAAGUCAAUGCACCACCAAUGACAGCCGGCAACAAAUUUAUUGGUAUUACUAAUGGCGGUGGUCCGAUUCUGCAACAACAGCAUGCCGUUAUAUCAUCAAACAAUUUGAUGCCUCUGCCCUGUUAUGCCAUAUUAGAAACGAAUCGAACAUCAUCAUCAUCAUCGUUGUCGAGCGCAUCAUCAUCAUCGUCAUCAUUGGUGCCACCAACGGUUUCAUGUCCUACAGCUCAACAAAAUUCUCAAACAUUACCAUUGUUGAUAUCCACUUCGGCCAACAUUCAACAGAUCAAAUCACAAACAUCGCCCAACUCAAAUUCUCCAGUUUCUUCGUCAUCAUCAUCAUCCACAACCAAUUUAAUGAAUCACGAACAGUUUGGAACUGUUUCAAAAAAUUCCAAUUCGCCAAAUCCAUCAUCAACAACAGUCCAGCAGAUUCAUAUUUCGAUUCCAGAUAACAAUAAAAGUUCUAAUAGUGUUAAUUUUUCUCCAAACGAAUCUAAUGUAAACAUGAACGCUACUUAUACGAACAUAUCCGGUCACCCUGUUGAUCAUGCCAACAAUGUUUCUCCACGUAUGGCCACCGGCCAGCAGCAUAUUUGCAUCGUCAACAAUCCAGGAACAACAACAUUACGACCGGGUCAAGUCAUCUAUCGUUAUCCAUAUGCAGUGAUCCAACCAGGAAUGAACGGAGUGAGCACUAUUCGCCCUGUUCAAUAUAUUGUUCAAGCUGCUCCAACAUCUGCAAAUACUGCGAAUGGAGGAACCAAUAACACAGCAUCGAUCAUUUAUAAUCCAAAGUUGUUAGUCAGUAAUCAAUUAGGCAGUUAUACGAUCUCAUCGGUACAGCCACCACCGCCGUCAUCAUCGAAUGUUUCUGGUUCCUCACCAUCCGGUUCAUCCACAACAUCAUCAUCAUCAUCCGCAUCAUCAAUGGUAACAAAUUCAUCAUCUCUAUCUAACAACAAUACCAACCAAACAAUCAACGUCAUACCAAAACCAACAACAGCAACUAUCAUACAGCAAGCUCAAAUAGUCGUACCGAAUUCAUCUAUAGAUGCUACACAACCCAAUACCGUACCUGUUCGUCGUAUAAUUGUACCACAAGGUGCCACUUUAUUGGCACCACGAAUCAUGCAAUUACAUCAUCCUCAACAUAAACAACCUCCAGUUCCACCAUACCAUUGUUAUGUACAACAAAAGCAUCCAACAGUGAUGGCCUACGCGGCACCACCAAACGUACAAAUUCGUCAAACGAUACGUGCACAUCAUUUGGCUAGUGGCGAUAAUAUUCAGCAAAAUCAUCAUACUCAAUUCCCUGAUCCAAGUGAGAUUCGUCGUCGUGAUGGCCUUUAUGCUUAUCCACAAGUAUUGAUCAGAAAAGAUGAUACACGUUCAAAUCAAAACAAAAUAAAUGAAAAUUGUGAUCAAUCAGCCGAAGAAAAAGAUGAAUUAGAGGCGUUUGUUCAGCAAGAACAUCAACGCACUGAAAGGAUAAAGAAACGAUAUUCGUUCACUGAAGAUGAUGAUCCAACAUUUGGAUUUGCUCGACGUCCAUCAGUUAGAGGAAUACGGCCAAAAUUUGGCCAAUCUAAUGAAAUCAUUAAACAACUUAAUGUAAAAACACAAUCCGGAUUGAAUACGACGUCAAACAAUCCAACCAUUCGUCAAAUGACUAAUCAUCCGAUCUAUGUAGAGAAACCAGCAACGAUAGCAUCUUGCUCUACACUACCAAAAAAUCUACAACAACAUCCUCAAUUCAUGCAAAUCAAUCAUGCAAAUAAUCCAUCACAGCAUCCGCAUAUGAUUUCUAUUGUAAAGAAAAUAGACGAUAUGCAUGUCACACCAAACAAUAACAAGAAUAUUCUAAAUGCGCAACAAGCAAACAUUGCACAAAUACAAGUUAAAUCACAGACACUUCCUCGACAACUGUCUCAAGCACAAAAGAUUGCCAUACACACUGGUGGUGCACCGGAAAUUGGUGGCCCAACAGCCACACAGCAUGAAAUUGUACGAAUAAUUGAUGCAAGCAUGUUAAAUGGUCCUGCUGUAGCAUUUUCUCGUGAUCAAUUAAAACUUCAUCUGCAAAAAACGAUGGAAAAACAGCAGCAGCAACAACAACAACAACAACAACAACAACAUCAACAACAAACAAAUUCUUUGCAUCAGCCUAAAUUGAUCGCUCAACAUGUUCAGAUUGCUUCGCGUGCUCAAUCGACACAACAGAAUCAUGAUGAAUCAAAACGUGUGCCUCAACAACAACAACAACAUCAGCAAGCAGCAUUUUCACCAAAUCAUCCUAUUACUAACAAUCAUAACAACCAGAGUACAAUAAAUGCUAAUGAAUCGAUGUUGUCCACUAAAAAACAACAUCUCGAUUCUAGCAAAACAAACCUAGUCAAUUCAUCGGAGAAUAAAUCCAAUACUGAUGUAGUUUAUUAUUCUUUGAAUGUUUAAACAAAUUUUUUGCCAUAAAUAAAUAUAAAUAUAAUGAGUAUAA